UUACUUAUCAAGGAAUAUUAUUUAUUAUUAGGUUCAAUAGAGGUAUUAGCAUUUAACAAUUUAAAAGCAAUAAACUUACAUUCAAGGUUUGUUUUUAGAAAUAGAUAUAAAACCUAACCUCGUUGCCGACAUUUAAAAUAAAAAUAGCUUCGGAUAUAUUUCUACAAUGGUGCUAAAUAAUAAUAAAUUUCGUUUUGCUAUUGACCGCGGAGGCACCUUCACGGAUGUCUUUGCCAAAUGCCCCAAUGGUAAAAUUCGUGUUUUGAAAUUGUUGUCCGAAGAUCCUCAACAUUAUAACGACGCUCCAACUGAAGGAAUCCGUCGAAUUUUGCAGGAGGAAACUGGAAAAGCUUUAGAUGAGCAUGGAAAUGUAGACAGUUCCCUGAUAGACUGGAUCCGUAUGGGCACAACUGUUGCGACUAAUGCCCUACUCGAAAGAAAAGGAGAAAAUAUGGCUUUUGUGAUAAACAAGGGAUUUAAAGAUAUUCUCCUGAUUGGCAAUCAAGCUAGACCAAAAAUUUUUGAGUUGAAUAUAAGACGGCCUGAUAUUUUAUAUUCUGAAGUAGUAGAAAUCGACUGUAGAAUAAUACCGAUGCUAGAAGAUAAAUGUGAAUUAGGGUCACAGACAGCUAAUUGGAGAAAGAUUAGAGGUAGAACUGGCGAAUCGUUCUAUGUCACCAAGGAACUAGAUAAGAAAGAAGUAAGGGAGAGCCUUUUGAAAAUUAAAGAGAAAGGCAUUGAGAGCAUUUCCGUAGCGUUGGCUCAUAGCUAUACCUUCUAUGAACACGAAAACGAAGUUGGUGAUAUUGCUAGAGAAAUAGGUUUUAAACACAUUUCCCUUUCCCAUGAAGUUAUUCCUAUGGUUCGCAUAGUACCAAGAGGUUUCACUUCAUGCGCAGAUGCUUAUCUGACGCCCCAUGUCAAAAGGUAUGUUCAAGGAUUUUCUAAAGGGUUCAAGAAUAACCUGGAAGGCACCAGAGUCUUGUUUAUGCAAAGUGAUGGCGGUUUAACACCGAUGCACAGCUUCAACGGUGUUAGAGCCAUUUUGUCAGGUCCUGCAGGUGGGGUAGUGGGCUAUGCGGUGACAACGUGGCAAAAGGAGACCGAUUUGCCCGUAAUUGGGUUUGACAUGGGUGGCACUUCCACGGACGUUUCCCGUUUUGCCGGAAAUUAUGAACACGUUUACGAAAGUACCACUGCUGGAGUUACCAUUCAGGCCCCUCAGCUAGACGUCAAUACCGUGGCGGCUGGAGGGGGAUCUAUGUUAUUUUUCCGAUCCGGCCUGUUCGUGGUCGGUCCGGAGUCCGCAGGGGCUCAUCCUGGGCCGGUCUGUUACAAAAAAGGGGGUCCCUUGACGGUGACUGAUGCCAAUUUGGCUUUGGGACGGUUGCUGCCGGAAUACUUCCCCAAUAUAUUUGGACCGAACGAGGAUUCUCCUCUAGAUAAAGUAGAAACUAUUAAUAAAUUCCAGGAACUUGCUGAGGAAAUCAAUAAUUUUUUGCGCAGUCAAGUUGAGAAAAGGAGCGUCAUGUCCAUAGAGGAGGUGGCCAUGGGUUUCGUGAGGGUCGCCAACGAGGCUAUGUGUCGCCCAAUCAGGGCGCUAACUCAGGCCAAAGGUUACGACACGGCCAGACACGCAUUAGCGUGCUUCGGGGGCGCCGGGGGGCAGCACGCCUGUGCCAUAGCCAGGUCCCUGGGGAUGACCACGGUGUUCGUGCACAAGUACGCGGGUAUACUAUCUGCUUAUGGCAUGGCCCUAGCAGACGUGGUUCAAGAAUCCCAGGAACCUAGCGCAAAAACCUAUUCGGAGGAACACUUCAGUUAUUUCGAUGAGCGCUUGGACUUUUUGGAAGAACAAUGCAAGGCAGAAUUAAGAAGACAAGGUUUUUCCGACGACCAUAUUGUCUUGGAACCCUACUUACACAUGAGAUAUGACGGUACUGAUUGCGCACUGAUGUGCAGCCCUUCAAAGACUGUAUCCGAGGGUACAAAGCAUGGAGAUUUUAUGAAAACCUUCGUUGGAAGAUAUAAGUCUGAAUUCGGGUUUAUAAUUCAGAAGAGAAAUGUAAUUGUGGACGAUAUAAGAGUGAGGGGCAUCGGAAAGAGCGAUCUAGAAGAGGAGAGUUUUAUUCCUUCAUCAGAAUCACUCCCUGGGGCUGUUUCCACCACUGAAGUGUUCUUUGAAGAUGGUUAUAGACCCACAAACGUUUUCCUUCUUAAGGAUUUGAAUGCUGGUCAAACUAUAGUUGGACCAGCUAUCAUCAUGGAUGCGUUGAGCACUAUUUUGGUGGAGCCCGAUUGUAAAGCCUUCAUAACAUCAAGAGGAGAUAUUAAGAUUACCAUUGGCAGUGGGAAAGUGAAAGAGAUUGGCCCUGAACUAGAUUCCAUACAGCUGAGUAUCUUCAGUCACAGGUUCAUGAGUAUUGCAGAGCAAAUGGGAAGGAUUCUCCAGAGGACGUCCAUAUCAACGAACAUCAAAGAGCGUCUGGAUUUCUCGUGCGCCUUGUUCGGCGCUGACGGUGGUCUGGUCUCCAACGCGCCGCACAUUCCGGUGCACUUGGGCGCCAUGCAGGAGGCCGUGCAGUAUCAAAUGAAAGCCAGGAAGCGUUUCAAGGAAGGAGAUGUGAUCCUGACCAACCAUCCCGGAGCCGGCGGGUCACAUUUGCCCGAUUUCACAGUCAUAACGCCCGUUUUUUACAAGGGAAGCAGCGAACCCGUCUUCUUCGUAGCAAGUAGGGGUCAUCAUGCCGACAUUGGCGGCAUAACACCGGGUUCGAUGCCUCCGCAUUCUACGAGUCUAAAUCAAGAAGGCGCGGCUUUUAAGUCUUUCCUGUUGGUAGUGGAAGGAAAGUUUCAGGAAGAGGCGUUUACGGAGGUCAUAAAAAAGGCCGGCGGAAGGAAUCUAAGCGACAAUAUUUCCGAUUUACGAGCGCAGGUGGCGGCAAACAAAAAGGGUAUCGACCUGGUCUGCGAACUCAUCGAUCACUACGGUCUAGAAGUGGUGCAGGCAUAUAUGGGGCACAUCCAGAGCAACGCUGAAAUCGCGGUGAGGGAUAUGCUUAGAAAGGUAGCGAAGGACGCUAUGGAAAGGACAGGAAAGUCAGUUUUGGGAGGAGUGGAGUAUAUGGAUGACGGAUCACCUAUCAGUCUGAAGAUUACUUUGAAUGAAAGGGAGGGCUCUGCUUACUGCGAUUUUAGCGGCAGUGGACCGGAAGUCUGGGGCAACUGCAAUGCACCCAAAGCCAUAACUUUGUCGGCGCUAAUUUAUUGCUUGCGAUGCAUGGUCGGCCACGACGUCCCUCUCAACCAGGGUUGUCUGGCUCCAGUGCAAAUUAAUAUUCCCAAGGGAUCAAUCCUGGACCCUAGCGACAACGCUGCAGUGGUCGGUGGGAACGUCUUGACGUCGCAGCGCGUCGUGGACGUCGUGCUCAAGGCCUUCCGGGUGUGCGCGGCCUCUCAGGGGUGCAUGAACAACAUCACAUUCGGCAACGAGUCCUGGGGCUGCUACGAGACUGUCGCCGGAGGUAGUGGAGCGGGUCCUUCUUGGCAUGGCUGUUCCGGUGUACACACUCACAUGACGAACACCAGGAUCACCGACGUCGAAAUUGUAGAACGGCGAUAUCCGGUGUACGUUCGAAAAUUUACGCUUCGCCCUUUCUCCGGGGGCGACGGCAGAUUUAAGGGAGGUGAUGGGGUGGUGCGGGAGUUGAUGUUUCGCUCCCCUCUCACACUCUCCGUGCUCACUGAAAGGAGAGUUCUGCAGCCGUACGGAAUGGAAGGAGGCUUCCCAGGUGCUAGAGGUCUCAAUCUUCUAGUCAGGGCCGACGGCAGGACUAUCAAUCUUGGACCGAAAACUGCAGUGCCUGUUUUGCCAGGG